AUGGAGAUCCCAACUUUCCUGCUGUCGAGUCUUGCUCUGCUCUUUUUCGCAGGGGAUAUUUUCACCAGGGCCAUGCUGAGUGACAUUGGGGACUAUGUAGGUACAGACAUUGAAAUAUCCUGGUUACCUAAUCUGGAUGAGUUAAUGAAAGGCUAUGCCAGAAAUUUUCGCCCUGGGAUAGGAGGUCCGCCAGUGAAUGUGGCCAUGGCUAUUGAAGUCGCCAGCAUCGACCACAUCUCUGAAGCCAACAUGGACUACACCAUGACCGUAUUCCUGCGGCAGAGCUGGCAUGAUGACCGCCUGUCCUACAACCACACCAACAAGACUCUGGGAUUGGACAGUCGCUUUGUGGACAAGCUGUGGGUGCCUGACACCUUCAUCGUUAAUGCCAAAUCCGCUUGGUUCCACGAUGUCACCGUGGAGAACAAGCUGAUCCGCCUGCAGCCCAACGGAGUCAUUCUAUACAGCAGCCGAAUCACUUCGACGGUGGCGUGUGACAUGGACUUGACCAAGUAUCCCAUGGAUGAGCAGGAGUGUAUGCUGGACCUGGAGAGCUACGGUUACUCUUCCGAGGAUAUUGUGUAUCACUGGUCAGAGAGUCAGAGACACAUCCACGGCCUGGACAAACUGGAACUCUCUCAGUUCACCAUCACAGACUAUCGGUUUGUCACUGAGAUGAUGAAUUUCAAAUCUGCGGGAAGAUUUCCAAGGCUCAGCCUUCGCUUCGAGCUGAGACGUAACCGAGGUGUCUACAUCAUCCAGUCAUACAUGCCUUCGAUAUUACUGGUUGCCAUGUCCUGGGUGUCCUUUUGGAUCAGCCAAACCGCCGUCCCUGCUCGUGUAUCCUUAGGUAUCACGACUGUUCUCACCAUGACCACACUGAUGGUUAGUGCCCGCUCCUCCCUGCCACGAGCAUCAGCGAUCAAGGCAUUAGACGUCUACUUCUGGAUCUGUUACGUGUUUGUUUUUGCUGCGCUCAUUGAAUACGCCUUCGCUCAUUACAACGCUGACUACAGACUCAAAGAGAAGGCCAAGGUGAAAGCCAACAAGCUCAGCUCUGAGUCUAUUGUGAAGAACGGCAAACAAGCUAUGGUUCUAUUUUCCCUGUCUGUCACCGGCAUGAACCAGGGAGUAAUGAUUUCCAACCGCCAUGGCCGGACCCAGCGCUCCAGUAGUGAAAUCCCUGGGGAGGGCGGCUCCGAGGAGGCCCAGACGAGGAGGAGAAGGUCCAAGCAGCCGGAUGAGAGCGAGGAGGAGAAGAAGUGCUGUUCCAAGUGCGUCUGCAAGCCAAUCGAUGCGGACACCAUUGACAUCUACGCAAGGGCCGUGUUCCCCUUCACUUUUGCUGUGGUGAAUGUGAUAUACUGGGUGGCGUAUACCAUGUAA